CUUCCGGUCGUCGUCGCCGCUGCUGCCGCUGCUGCCGCUGCUACUACUGCUGCUGGGGCUAGUGGCGGGUGUCUGAGAGUCAGGCGGCGGCGGCGGCGGCGAGAGGGCGGCGGCGGCAGGGAAGGAGCAGGACGAGGGAGCGAGAAGAGGCGAACGAGGAGCGAGCGGUGUGCGCCCUUCCGUCCUCCUGAGGUGCCGGCGUCUCCCGGGCCCCGCAGCCGCCGCCGCCGCCGCCUGUCCGCCUGCCCGCCCGCCCGCCCGCCCGCUCGCCCGCCCGCCCGCUCGCCCGCCCGCCCGCUGGCCGGACAAAGCCGAGAGCCCGCUCUGGAGCCAUGUCCUCGUCCGCCGGCAGCGGCCACCAGCCCAGCCAGAGCCGCGCCAUCCCAACCCGCACCGUGCCCAUCAGCGACGCCGCGCAGCUACCUCAUGACUAUUGCACCACGCCCGGGGGGACGCUGUUCUCCACCACGCCGGGAGGAACCCGAAUCAUUUAUGAUCGAAAGUUUCUGUUGGAUCGUCGCAAUUCUCCCAUGGCUCAAACCCCGCCCUGCCAUCUGCCCAAUAUCCCGGGAGUUACUAGCCCUGGCACCUUAAUCGAAGACUCCAAAGUAGAAGUAAACAAUUUGAACAACUUGAACAAUCAUGACAGGAAGCAUGCAGUUGGAGAUGAUUCUCAGUUUGAGAUGGACAUCUGACCUUCUGCAAGAGUGGCAGGAAAGCAGCAACCCAGAUACUUGUGUGGACCUGAUGAAGCCAACAGGACCAACAGUGGAAAGACAGAGGCAGACCCAGCAGCCCCAUUGCCAUCCCCACCUCCCUUCUUCCGCGGGUGCCAAAUGCUAAGACGAUGAGCUGCAUCUGGCUGUUUCUUCUCAUGUUUCCUGUGCCCUGCCCAGCAAGACAGAUUAGUUUGAAGGCUGUAGAGGCACUUCUGUAGAGCUAAGCUGUCCAUUGAGGAAAACAGUUAAACUGCCUUCCCCGUCUCAUCUCAACUGAGAAUCUCCCUUCCUCAAGUUUAUCUCAAAUCCAGUAUCAGUCUACCAGCAACUACCUGCCUGGAAUGUCUGGGGAAGGGGUACAGAAGUUUGGCAGGCUCACCAUUCAUGUUCUUUAUACUGUCUCUCUUCCUUGUAUUCCACCCCUUGUUCAGUGCUGGGUUCAGGGUCUUUGAAAACCAGCAGGUGGAAAUGGUAAAUAAAAAGAAAGCUGCUUUCCUUUUUACCUUGAGGUAUUUGUGCUUAGGGACAGAGCAGCACAAUUUACGCAACUCUGGUAGCAUUGCUUUGUGGCACCGUUUGGAAGUCUGCAUCCCCUCUUUCUCCUGGGAGGAAUGUCUUCUGUCUUUGGUAUUGUAGUUUCUCUUCCCAUUCCUUUACUCGGCACAUUUGUACAGAUAUUUCUAAACUCCGCCCUCAGUAAGUGGCUGAUCUUUGUUCUUCUACCUUCUCUGCUUGCAUCUUGUUGCUGCAGAGUCCUCUUGUAUACUAGGAGCUAUCCAGGUGAUUUUGUCUGCCCCCAGAGCAGGGCAAUAGGAUGUAACAGGCAUUUUGCCUUCCACUUGAUAGGUAAAGUCUGCUUCCAAAUUCUGCCAGACAAUACCAGUCACAGUCAGUUUUAAAAAUCCAUUGAACGUUGUGCUAUUUGUUGUUGUGGCUUGCAGUUUCUUAUAUUUUGAAUUUAAAGUUGACUUUUAGAAAUGUUCUUAGAAAAGCACUAGAUUUUUUACCUAUUUGAAUCUGCUUUGUUUGACUACCAGGAUAGAUAAGCAUGGAUUUAAAAGUGUUCCUCCCAGGUUUCAUGUCAUUCCCACUGUUCUCUGAAUUCUCCCCUUCCUUUCUUCCCUCCUUCCUUCUCUCGCCCUCCCUAUCCUCUGCCAGGCCAUUUUUCAGAUCUACAUCAAAGAUACCCCAAGUGUUGGUAUCUGAUAAUAUCUGUCACUUAUCUCAACAGUGACAUUUUAUUUUUAAGAUGACUACAGACCUAUUUUUAGAUAUGCUUUCAAUACAGUUUUGAACAGCAACUUUUUAACUAAACACCUUCCAGUGUUGGGAAGGUAAGAGAUUUCCAUGGCCGAGUCCACUGUUUGAUGUCACUGUCCUCUGUGCUCCCGUGCCUUCCCUUCCAGCUUCCUUCUGAGCUCUUUCCUUUCCCUUUGAGUUUUGGAUGUGUGUGUGUGUGUUUGGAGUUUGUACCGAGUGGUUUGUAAAACUGGACCAUUCUGCCUUGCUGGGGUUGUUCAGGAAAACCUCAUUCUUACCUUUUCGCUCUUCCGUUUGCCCUUCUGCCCACCCCUCCUGCUACUGCUGAUCGGCAUGGUAACCUCAGGAGAGGGCCCUGUAGAAAGACAGACACUGUCCCCUCGGGGGAAGACAAGUAGAGCAGUCACUGGCGUCCUGGAAAUUUCUGAUUGGAUUCUUGUUAAGAGUCCAAGGUGAGAGUAAUAGGCCCAGUGGCUAAGAAAUUAGAACAAAAGCUGUUUUUCUUUUGAAUUAUGAGAAGAACCUAUUUGCAAAGACAUUUUAGAAAGAGAAGAUGUUGGCAGAACUUUUUUAUCUUUUGCUACAAAAUGUGAAUAGUUCAGAGUGAAAAACCUCGUGAUAGUUGAUGUCUCAGGAAUAAGCUGGAUCUCCAAUGUUUUGGGGGUGCUUUGAGUCUCACAAUCAGUAAUCAAAAUAUUUUGAUGUGUUCUUGUGUUAAUUAAACUUCAAAUUUUGCUUUACAUAGUCUUGUAAAAAUGUAAGUUGUGCUGUCAUUUACCUGAGAAGCUUGCUCAGACCUUUGUAAUCUGGAGUUUGGUUCUUCGGGAGUGAAGUUUCUCUUUCUUUGUAAGCUGGCAGUGGCAUCCUGUGGAAUCUGACUCCCAGCUAGCAGCUGGCGGGCUGGCAGUGAGCGGCAGAGUACUCUUCUCAGUGUUCGCUGCUUGCUGUCUGUAAAAACGUGGCUUCCUCGCGACGUACAAUGAGUAGAGUUGGAGUAGCAGCAAGGUACCAUUUCCCCCUCUCUUGCCAUGUCUGACCCAGGCUGUGUUUCUAAUAUUUCUUGGGAGUGUUGACUGCAUAUUGCACGAGCUGUCCAAACUCUGUCCAGACUCUGCCAUGACUUUCUUACUGCUUAGUGCAGUUCUUUCCUAGAGGCCACCUUGUCCUCAGUAAAUCAGCAUUGUAAAAAUAAUUGCACAACACAGAGAUAAGCUUGCAGCAGGUGACACCUUUAUGUUAUGCCUCAUAGAAUGGUUUUCAGAGCAAGCCAGAUUCUGGUAGGUGGUUUAUGUUGGGGUGUUUAGUGAGAACCUCACAGGUGAAGCCCUGCGUGAGUAACAUAUCCUGGCUUUUUCUUAGGGUGGGAGUACCUCCCUCUGUCUGAGGUUACCAUCUGAGUGAGACAGUUCUUAAAAUCUUAGUGAUCAUGAAGUUUUCAUGAAGCAAGUAUAUUCUGUACUUCUGUGUAUAAUCAGUCUUAAAGAGAAAUUACCUCCCUCCAGAUCGCAGUAGGUGUGUGAUGUCAUGGCUCUGCCUUCUUUUUUUUUUUUUUUCUUUUUUUUUCUUUUUUUCUUUUUAUCGGUACCGGCGAUCGAACUCACAACCGCCUGCUUACAAGGCAGGUGCUUAUGCCGCUGAGCUAAAUCCCCAGCCCCAGCUCUGCCUUCUUUACAGUGUCGUUCAUUGAGUUCCUUGUCUCUCAUGUUCUAUUCAAAUAUGUAUCUCAGUAAGAGCACAGGAAUAGAGAAGCUGCCUUUUAGGAGUUGGGCUUCCAAGCCAGAGAAUUUUCCAUUUGUAGUAGUUAUCUAUUGCUAUGUAACAAAUUACCUCCAAAUUUAGUAUCUUAAAAUAGCAAAAACAGUAUCUUGCAGUUUCUGAAGGGUAGAUGGAGAGCAGCUUUGGAGGAUGGUUCUAGCCUGGGGUUUCAUGAAUUUUCAAGAUGAAGGCACUGGCUGUUGUCAUCUGGAGCUAGAGAAUCUAUUUCCAAACUCCCUCCGUGGCUACUGGCAGGGUGCCUCAGGUUCUUCCCUGUAGAUCUCACCUCUGGCCGCAUGAGUGUCCUCACCAUGGUAGUUGGCUUUCUCCUGAGGGACUGACCCCCAAGAAGGAGGCAGACAAGGAGAAAGUCACAGUGCCUUAAAACCACCACACUCCCAAAAGAGGAUGAAAACUGGUCAAAAGGAAGGUAGAUGCAACUAAAUGAUAAACUGAAAGAUAAAUUGCUAUUAAAAUCAAUUGCCCAAGAUGUGUAUCCUCAAACUGUAAGGAGACAAACUUUCUCCCUUUCCUUAAAGCUGCCGGAUAAUCUCAAGAGAGACAAGAAACCAGUGUUCCAGAGUAGCUGUAGUAGCUGUCCACCCACCUGACUCUGAGCAGGUCAAGGGUUUGCAAAGUAGCACCUGGGUCUUUCCUAGACUCAUUUACAGUUACUCUUCUUUGGCCAGAAAUAGGCAGAGAAAGGGAACUGGGGCCUUCCAGUUGAGCCACCAGAGCAGUCUUAAUUGAAGGGGAACAAAGAAGACGUAGGAAUAGGUUAUUGAGCUGCAGAAGAAAAGAAAAAAAAAAAAAAAAAAGCAAAUAGUUCAAAUAGCUGGUGUCAGGAAACCAGGUCCCCACCUGAGUCACCCGUGCUCUCUGCUGCACCAUCUUACGGACUUGGUCAGUCAGUUGCCAAGAAACAGCUUCUCCAUAAGCUCGGGAACACUUGAUGGUAAAUGUCUGUCAUGCUGAUUGCCUGUUGUGUCCUGCUGAUUGCAGUUCAACUCUGCCUGACUGUUUUUCUGUUGUUUUUUUUUUUUUUUGGUCUUUUUGAGACAGGGUUUCACUAUGCAGUUCAGCCUGGCCUUGAGCUCACUUUGUAGCCCAGGCUGGUCUCGACCUUGAACAAUCCUGCUUCAGCCUCCUGAAUGCUGGGGUUACAGGCAUUAUAGGCAUGUGCCACUACUCCCAGCUGUGGCCUGGGUUUCUUGGUGGAAAUGCUUUCUUAAAGAGAACCAAGAGAAACUUAGGUUGCCUCUCAGUUCAACACAUUCUUAGUGGAUGCCUGCUGUGUCUGGCAUUCAUUCCUACACAAUCUUGAGCAAUUUUAGGGUAUCUGAAAGAUGGUAAUUCUUGUUUGAUUUUAUCAUCUGCCCCUCCUAGCAUUUUCUUCUCUGUAGCCUGUAGCAUGUACUUGAAUGAAAACACCCCUGCUGCAGCCGUCAGAAGGGAAGGUGCUCCUUCUGGAAGUAGAGUGCUAUCUCUAAAGUACCUUCCAGUGAACUUUGGUUUUCCUCUUGACUUGAGAUGGAGUUAAAAUCAGUGCUCUUUUAUAUUGUUGGUGUUUUUAUUGUUGUUUGAGCUGUUGGCCCUUUGAGUCACUUGGACCUGGCCUUCCCAAUUCAGACAUUGAAGUCCACAUGUCCAUCAGAAUGCAGCGAGGCCCAGUUCACAUCACAGCCAGUGUACAGGCUGCCAGCUUUGAGUGGAGGAAGCUGGUACAAGGAAGGCUCACCAUGUUGGCAGCAGUGUCCCAGGGGUGCAGUCUCUCCUCUGCAUCUCUGGUACCAGGUGCUUGGAGCCAGGUCCCUGAGCCCUUUACAUUCACCUCGAGGGAGGAGAGCCUGCUGUCUGUCUGAUUCUUAACUGUUUCUUCUCAGCAUGUUUUCUGGACUACAUGCACAUGAGUAGCUAUUAAGAUGCGAGGCCCAAUCACUUGCCCAUCCUUAACAUCUGGGAGAGGGUAUUAUUUGUUGUAAAAGUUUUGUGAAGGCAUCCUCUUUCUGAACUUUGAGAAGGGAAUCAUCACUUCUUACCUUUCGGUAAAGGAUGAAAUCAGCUCUUUUGCCCUAGGAUGAAAGCCAGGGCCUCAGGUAUGCUAAGCGGACGCGGUACCGCUGAACUGUAUCCCCAGACCUCGAAAUCAGAUCCUGCUGCAGGUCUGUCACCAGCCUUUAGAAUGCUUACACUCCAAGCGCACUUUCCAUUCCAGGACUUGUUCACCAUUUCAGUGCAGUUUCCUUGAGGCUUGUUCACAGCAGUUUCUAACUGAAGACCAAAAGAGUGAUUGAUAGAUGCUCAUUUUUUCCAUUAACCGUUCACAAUACUUAUCCCCCCUCCAGAAUUUAGACUGUUUUCCAGAUGGCCCUGGAAGCUGAUAUUUUUUUGGCAAAGCUUAGAUUUUGAAGUCUUGAGUCUGCUUGUUAACCUCUGCCUGCAGCCCUCUUAGACUGUACCGGAUAUCAGAGAUGCCUGUGGGAAGGGUGCUGAGCAGAGAUGCUUCCCAGGGUUUAUUUAAAUGCUUACUCUGCCACCCGGCAGAGAGGCGAUGCAGUGCUUGGUCCUCACUUGGCCAUGUUGAGCCCUUGGCAGUGGUUAAAACUAAACUUCUCGUAUACUUCAAACAGAAUUCCAUGUGUCCAGCACAGAAGAUCCAUUCUUGUCACAAUGUUCCUCUUUCCUCUCCAUCUUAGUCUUUAAAAAGCAAAACCCCAAGCCCAGGCCAAGGGGCACUGUCACUGGGACGCAGGGGAGGGGCCGUGGGGAGCCUCCUGCUCCUCCCUGCACGGAGUCACAAGUCCCUCAGCAGUGCCUUUGUGUCACCUGCAGAUGAGCCCAUCUCUGUCCACUUGGGGGAGAAGGCCUCAGCCCCCAGGCACACCUUAAACAGGCGCCUUGAAGAGCUCAAGGACACCCAUGUGUGCAUUUUAAGCAUCGUUUUAAAAACAUUUUAUAUUAAAAAGCCCUCCCUGUCUAGUGCCACCAACUCCCACGCCGAAUGGGAAAGUGGAGACUGCCAGCACUUUGUGCGGGCUUGCCCUCAUCUCCCUGAUGUGCUGUCCCUUCAACCCGUCGUGUGUUCUGUCACCAGUGGGUGGGGGAAGGCAUAUGCAGUCUUGUGUGAUCCCAUGACCAGUUUUGUUUUUUAAUUGUCUUUCCAAACCAGCAGGUAUUUGGAAAUUAGAAAAAAAUUAAGUUCUCACCAAUGGUUGCUGUUAACAGUUAAUAAAAGAUUUGAAUAUCAA